GGGGUAAAUCAAAGACGUUUUGCAUCAAAAUUCCAUUUUUUAUUCAUCACUCGGUUUUCUGCUAGCACCUUUACCACACGUGGAUCUCAUUUUAUAUUAUUAUAUUUUAUAUCUCCAUUAAUACAGUUAUUUGAAGAGUUUUAUUGUAUUAAUAAAUCAAUUGUGCAUAAAAUCCACCAGGAAAUAUCAGUGAAAAUGCUAUCUAAUUGUGUGAAAAAUGAUGUUGAUUUGCGAGAUGGCGUAUCUUGCCGGGAAUUAUUUGCUAAUAAAGAAGGUUUAACUUACAAUGACUUCCUAAUUCUUCCGGGAUAUAUUGAUUACACGUCGGAUGUCGUGGAUAUUUCCUCACCACUAACAAAAGGAAUCACCCUCAAGACGCCUCUCGUGUCAUCCCCAAUGGACACAGUCACAGAAGCUGACAUGGCAAUUUCAAUGGCCCUUUUUGGAGGCAUUGGCAUUAUCCAUCACAACUGUUCACCGGAAUAUCAAGCGAAUGAAGUGAAUAAAGUAAAGAAAUACAAGAGUGGCUUCAUUCGCGAUCCUGUUGUUAUGGGCCCCAAGCAACGAGUAUCUGAUGUUCAGGAGGUAAAGCGCAAGCAUGGCUUUACGGGAAUCCCAAUCACAGAUACGGGCCGUUUAGGUGGUCGAUUGUUAGGCAUUGUCACCUCGCGUGAUAUUGAUUUUCGCGAGGAGGAGGGUGAUCUGUUGCUAGAGCAGGUAAUGACGAGUAUGGAGGACAUGGUGACUGCUCGUAGUGGUGUGACCCUUGAGGAAGCCAACAAUAUUCUCAAGACAAGCAAAAAGGGCAAGUUACCCAUUGUAAAUGACAGUGGCGAGUUGGUAGCUCUCAUUGCACGGACUGACUUCAAGAAGUCUCGCAAUUUUCCCAGUGCCUCCAAAGAUAGCAACAAGCAACUUCUUGUUGGCGCAGCAGUGGGUACUCGGGAAGAUGACAAGGAACGCUUGGCACUCUUGGUUCAGAGUGGUGUUGAUGUUGUAGUACUGGAUUCGUCUCAGGGCAAUUCCAUCUUUCAAAUUGAAAUGAUUAAAUUCAUCAAAAGAACUCAUCCAACAUUGCAAGUUAUCGCAGGCAAUGUUGUGACACGUGCACAAGCCAAGAAUCUUAUUGACGCGGGCGCUGAUGCCCUUCGUGUUGGCAUGGGAAGUGGCAGUAUCUGUAUUACGCAGGAAAUCAUGGCUUGUGGAAGUCCACAGGCCUCAGCUGUUUUUCAAGUAAGCUCAUAUGCCCGUAACUUUGGUGUUCCUGUCAUCGCAGACGGUGGUAUUCGCGAUGUAGGGCACAUUGUGAAGGCUCUGGCUCUGGGGGCAUCAAGUGUUAUGAUGGGUGCUGUUCUAGCAGGUACAUCGGAAGCCCCAGGUGAGUAUUUCUUCUCAGACGGUGUACGUCUCAAAAAGUACCGUGGAAUGGGUAGUCUGGAAGCGAUGGAGCGUGGAGAUGCCAAGGGUUCUGCCAUGAGUCGGUACUAUCAUAAUCAGAUGGACAAACUCCGUGUGGCACAGGGAGUAAGUGGAAGUAUUGUGGACAAGGGUAGUGUACUCAGUGUCCUAGACUACUUGCAUAGUGGUCUACAGAAGAGUUGCCAAGUGAUUGGAGCAAAGUCAGUGACUGCUCUGCGGGAGAUGAAUUACUCUGACGAAUUGCGUUUUACGAGACGCACUACAAGUGCCCAGAUGGAAGGCAAUGUGCAUGGACUGUUUAACUAUGAGAAACGCCUCUUCUAACAGCUACCUCAUGGUCCCCACAAACAUCAUGGGCAUUCAUGUGGGUAGCGGAAGACGUUUCAAUAGGCAGAGUUAAUAUAACUACUGUAAUUCCGAAAAUCGAGAUGAGGAGUAAAAUUAUAAUUGGAAAAAAAAGAAUAGCUCUUAAGGACAUAGUAAAAAUAUUUUUUUCUAGAUGUUUUAGAGAACUUCCAUCAGGAAAGUGUAUUAAGUGUCUAUUUUUAAAGAAAAUCUUAAUUGUUUUAUCCCCAAAAAAAAUUAUAUUAUACAUUAUAUAAAACUCACAAUAAAUGGCAUAAUAGUGGA